UGUACUACCGCAGAAAAAGAGUUGGCUUCAGUUUGUCCGCCGCCGUGCUUAUCUUAGUCGCUCCCAGACGGCAGUGCAGAGUGUUCAGUUGCCAACGCCCAGGCACCAGAAGCAUCGAGAAAGGAAAAUGGUUAUUCUGACUCUUGGAAGAAUUCAAGCAACCUUUGCAGUAGUCCUGUAUUUAGUUUUGUUACAGACUCUGCCAAUAACAGCACUGAGCGAGGAAGAUUCGAACCACGAUUGCUUGCGAAGCUGCUCAUGGCCCCCAAAGCCCCGUAUCUGUCGCUACGAAUUCACCGUGGAGUGGUCAUUCAGCAUGUCGAAAGCUUGCUACAAUUGCCCCUUCAACAUGAGUGACUGUCAUCGUCCGCAUUGCUUUACACUCGAUGGCGUACCACGGGCGGUGGCAGUCGUCAAUAGGCAGUUUCCCGGACCACACGUUCAGGUCUGUGAGCACGACAUCGUUUUUGUGAAGGUCAACAACCUGUUAAUUAACUCUGAGGGUGUUACUAUCCACUGGCAUGGGCUUCAUCAACGAGGGACGCCGUACAUGGAUGGGACAUCCUCCGUAACCCAAUGCUCCAUUCCUGCUGGCUCAAGCUUUACUUAUGAGUUCACAGCUGACACGCCAGGGACCCAUUGGUGGCACUCACAUUCGGGCCUGCAGAGGUCUGAUGGCAUUUUCGGGCCGUUCAUCGUGAAACAAUCCGCUCCGGAUGACCCUCACAGCGGCUUGUACGACUACGACUUUCCCGACCACGUGGUCUUUGUCCACGACUGGAUCAGUGACUUAGCUGUGAAUCGCUACACAGGCCAUCACCUCAGCACUUCAUCAGGUUUCCCUGAUUCAGUUUUAAUCAACGGUAGGGGGCAGAAGAUGGAGUUCUUCGACCAAAACACCAAUCAGACCAUAAAGACGCCAAGGGAAACAUUCCAUGUGCAGCAAGGCAAGCGAUAUCGCUUUCGUACAAUCAGCAACGCCAUCUUGGAUUGUGCCAUCGAGGUAUCAGUAGACAAUCAUAACCUGACGGUUAUCACAAGCGAUGGGUUUCCCUUCGAACCGGUCGAAGUGUCCCGUUUUGUCCUGUACGGAGGAGAACGGUUUGACUUUAUACUCGACGCCAACCAACCCGUUGGCAAGUACUGGAUGCGAGUUCGAGCUGUGGGUUACUGUACAGGCGCCAACGUUCAAGCAUUGGCCUCAUUGAUCUACGAAGGUGCUGAUGAUGAGCCAGUGACACCAGAGGAUGAUCCACCCAUCCGCAAAGGGGUAAUCCUGAACCCGGUCAACCAAGAACCCUCAGAAACAGUCAUGAACGUCAAUCAGCUUGUUGCACUAGAAAAGAAGGACGAAGCCCCACUGGAGAAUGUGUACCGAACCGUUUACUUGGGCUUGGACUUUGAGGGCGUCAAUAAUCCUAUCUACAACCACCCUGAUUACUACCCAUCCCACGCAGUCUCUCGGCGACACUGGACCUUUUCCUCGCAGAUCAACCACGUGUCCUUCAAGCCGCCUGCCGUGCCUCCCCUGACCCAGCACAGUGACAUCAAUGAGUUUGAAAUGUGUACUUUGGAUAAUACGAUGGCCAUGAGAGAACACUGCAAGGAGGAGUACUGCGAAUGUACCCACGUUGUUGAAGUGGAACUAGGAAAGACGAUUGAGCUGGUGCUUGUUGACGAAGGGAAACCAUUUGAAGGUACACAUCCAAUGCAUCUCCACGGCUACAGUUUCCAAGUGGUAGCUAUGAAGAAGUUGGGAACUAAGACCACCGUGGAGGAAGUCAUGGAACUUGAUCAAGCCGGAGGAAUCGUACGAAAUUUCACCGAGGCGCCGCAGAAAGACACCGUAAUUGUUCCAGAUGGUGGUUUCACAGCCGUUCGCUUCGUAGCAGACAACCCCGGUUGGUGGUUGUUUCAUUGCCACUUGGAGUUCCACAACACGAUCGGAAUGGCUGUGAUGAUCCACGUCGGCAAAGAUAAAGAUCUUCCGCCAAAGCCUAGAGAUUUCCCUCGCUGCGGUAACUGGUACCCACACGGCAGCGAGGAGCCAACUCCAACCCCGGAACCCUCUGGGGCCGUGCGUCGUUUCUCCCGCUCCAUCAUCGCUGCAUUGCUGCUGUGUUUUGCAUUCCUGUUCGUCAAAGUAUUCUUUGUCUAAGAAGAAGUGGAAAAACGGUUGUACAACUUACCUAUUCAUGCGUGUUCCUUUAUAUCAAACAUUCCUAGAGUUACCUUUCUAAAAGGGAUUUUCACCGUGCCUGUUUAAUUUGUGUUUAACACAAGAAAACGAGUCUGUGCCCGUUUGCUUUACUUUUAAAGCGUUAGUGUCCUCGCCCGUGAAUCGCAAUUUCUUCUCUAUGAACACUGCAUUGUCAUAUUUGUAUCUGUACACACUUUACAACUUCAAAUUUUCAAAGGUGCGUGUUUGGACAAUUAUUACAAAGGAUAUGUAACUGCAUACUUACGAUUUCGAAUUUUUACACUGAUUUUGUAAGGAAUGAUUAUAUUUAUAUGGUUCUUAUAGUAAAAACAAAGAUUUUUUACAUUUAAUUUACAUCGAAAAUAGAAGAUGUUUGAAUACGAUUUUAACUGAAAUUACCCAGAGGUAUAACAUGCUAUUUUCUCCAUGUACAUAAGGUAUGUAUGUUAAGGUUCUUAUUACACCGACUUGUGUUUAGGUCAAGAAUAAUUGUUGUGUUGCCCGUACAUUCUAAAACAAUCAGGGGACACGCAAUUGUUGUACACUUAUCCUCUGAGAUGAAGUCAAGCAGUAUGAAAUAUGGCCACUGGUUUUGAAUACCUGUAAAGCAGUAUUUAUUUGUUUUCAACUUUGAGAAACACAUGACAAAACCUGCACAGCAGCAUUGUGAUGUGACAAGUUUCAAUCGUUACAACCUUUUCCUAAUCAAAGCAAAACAACCUUAUGGUGCUUUGUAUGUUACAAGCUGGUUGGAAAACUUACCAUUGGCAGAAAAACGCUUCAAUACGCGAUAAACAGUGAAACUUAGAGUUGUAUACCGGUAUGUUAGAAACCUUUUCAACGUUUGCAUUGCUUUGUGGAUUUGGAUGAUAAACAAGCAAUGCAUUUUAUGUACAACCCUAUGGGGGAAGUGAACCA